CUCUCUCGACUUCCAUAUCAUUUAAACAUAGAGACAACAACAUGAAGGUAUUCGUGUGUCUAUUGGCGGUAUGCGCCAUUGCUAAUGCUGGCAUAAUUGGUGGCGGCGGCGGCGGUUGGUCUGGUGGUGGCGGUGGUGGUGGCUGGUCCGGUGGUGGUGGCGGUGGCGGCGGCGGUGGCAGCGUCAAGAUUGUGAAGAUAAUCGAUGCUGGUUCUGGCGGUCAUGGUGGCGGUGGCGGCGGUGGUGGUGGUGGCGGCGGCGGCUGGUCUGGCGGCGGUGGUGGCGGCGGUGCUGAUGUCAAGAUCAUCAAAGUUAUCUCUCAAGGCGGCGGCGGCGGCGGUGGCGGCGGCGGCUGGUCCAGCGGUGGUGGUGGUGGUGGCUGGUCUAGCGGCGGCGGCGGUGGUGGCUGGUCUGGUGGUGGCGGUGGCGGUCAUGGUGGCGGUGGCGCUAUCAAGAUAAUCAAAGUCAUCUCAGAAGGUGGUGGCGGUGGCGGUCAUGGUGGCGGCGGUUGGUCCAGCGGCGGCGGUGGUGGUUGGUCCGGCGGUGGUGGCGGUUGGUAAGCCAAAACCAGCGUUAAGCGACACAAUCGGAAGAAAAAGAAAAACAAAAACAAUCGAAAGAAAAACCACCUUGUGAUAUGCAUCAAGCCAAUAGUGUUCAAAUUUACAUCGAAUCGUUAUUUCACAGCCAAUUAUGCAACACACAGCAGCACCGCCAGCCAUAAACUGAUAAUCAUCUAAUGUGGAAAGCAGGAAAACAACAUCAGCUAUGUGCAAUUCGCUGUGCUCCGCAUGAGUUACCACUUCGGCAUAUUUCCCAAGGACAUUCAGCUGCUAUCUGCCACAUCAGCGCAACUGUCCACUAAUUUACUCUGAUAAUACUCAUGUGUGACUAGUUGAAAAACCGACCUCUUACAUCUAUACUCCACAUACCUACACACAUACAUCUAAACCCAUGUAAAUUUUGUACAUAAAAACACAAUUUUUUUU